CUCUUACCAUUUAACAACAAUCAAUAUCACAUAACAGAUUCAAACUAGAAGAAGGCAUCUUUCGCUACAAAAAUUAUGGAACGUAAACACGACAAGGCUAUGGAUUUUUGAUACUUCGGGGUUUGGGAUUACUUUUUUGUUUUUUUUGUUUUUGGGGAUAAAUGGCGUUGUUUCGCAAAUUGUUCUACCGUAAGCCUCCAGAUGGUUUGCUCGAGAUAUGCGACAGAGUUUUUGUGUUCGAUUGCUGCUUCUCUACCGAUUCAUGGGAAGAAGAAAACUACAAAGUUUAUAUGGCGGGAGUAGUCAAUCAACUACAGGAGCACUUCCCUGAAGCAUCCUCUCUGGUUUUUAAUUUCCGUGAUGUGGGUACCCGAAGUGUCAUGGCUGAUGUCUUGUCAGAACAUGGCUUGACCAUAAUGGAUUAUCCUCGCCACUACGAAGGCUGCUCGUUGUUGCCUGUGGAAAUGAUGCACCAUUUUCUCCGGUCAAGUGAAAGUUGGCUCUCACUCGGCCCAAAUAACUUGUUGCUGAUGCAUUGUGAAAGCGGGGCUUGGCCAGUUUUAGCUUUUAUGCUAGCUGCCCUCCUUAUAUACCGCAAGCAGUAUAGUGGUGAGUACAAGACCUUGGACAUGAUCUACAAGCAGGCUCCUCGUGAGCUUCUGCGUUUGUUCUCACCGUUGAACCCAAUUCCUUCGCAACUUCGCUAUCUACAGUACGUGUCUAGAAGGAAUUUGGUCUCUGAAUGGCCUCCACUCGAUAGGGCUCUCACCAUGGAUUGUGUUAUUUUGAGAUUUAUUCCUGAUGUUACUGGACAAGGAGGCUUUCGCCCUAUCUUUCGAAUCUAUGGUCAGGAUCCGUUUUUUGUAGAUGAUAAAAAGCCCAAGCUUUUGUACUCUACUCCCAAGAGAGGGAAACACCUGAGGGUCUACAAGCAGGCAGAAUGUGAACUAGUCAAGAUUGACAUUAAUUGUCAUGUGCAAGGUGAUAUCGUGAUUGAGUGCCUCAGUUUGAACGAUGAUAUGGAAAGAGAGGUUAUGAUGUUUCGAGUGGUUUUCAACACUGCUUUUAUUAGGUCAAACAUUUUGAUGCUCAAUCGUGAUGAUGUCGACACAUUAUGGCAUAUAAAAGAAUUCCCAAAGGGGUUCAGAGUUGAGCUUCUCUUCUCAGAUAUGGAUGCUGCCUCAUCUGUUGACUUGAUGAACUUUUCGUGUUUGGAAGAGAAAGAUGGUCUUCCUAUAGAAGUUUUUUCCAAAGUUCAUGAGUUCUUCAAUCAAGUUGACUGGGUUGAUCAGACCGACGCCACACGUAAUAUGCUUCAGCAGUUAGCCAUUGCAAAUUCUGUUCAGGAUGGACCAGAUGGCAAUUCAAGCCCAAGACUACAAGGGUUAAGCCCUAAAACUAUCCAUGAUAUUGUGAAACAUGCAGCAAUUGAAAAUAGUGCAAAGUUCAAACUGUCUUCAAUGUCUGAGGUCGAAACAAUCGAUACACCAGAAAAGUCUCCUACUGAUACAGUCAAGAAAUUUAUAGCAGAAGAUCUGCAUUCUGUCCUUCAGAUAAGUAAUCAGGCAAAUACCAACAGCCAAGAUGAAACAAAGUUGUUACAUCAAGAGUCCCCUUCUCUCAAGCUCGUGCAUCAUUCUGCAACAGUUAAACCUCUUCUGGACGGCUCUAAAUCUUCAGAAAAUGCCGAGGAGAAUAUUCUGAAUAGUCCUCCUUCAGCAAACAAUGGGAAAGCGGUCUCGUUUUUGCCAUCCACACCGUCACCACCUCAUCCUGCAAGACCAAUGUUAGCUCUAUCAGGAGCACCUCCCCCGCCUCCUCCACUUCCAGAUGGUGCUUCUAAACCUUCAGAGAAAUUUCAACAUUCUAUUGACCAGCCAACUGAGUCGCUUUCACAAGGAAAUUCCUGGAUGUCAUUAGCAGGCUCUACAUUUCAUCAAACAACUCCAAACGAAAAAAAUUCCAGUACUCUGCCAACUGCACCUCCCCUUGCUUCUACAUCUUAUGUAUGCCCUGAGCCAUCUUCCAGAACAACGAAUUCAUCAUCACUGUCACCCAAAGCAUCAUUAGCUACUCCCGCCAAAUCAUCAAAAUCUGAUAAAGUAAGUUCAUUUGGUCCUACUAAUUCACCUCAUAUAGGAGCUUCCAAUGAUGUUGCUUCAAAUCUUGGAAAACCAGAGAGUUCACCUCCUCCAGAGUCUAAUUUAGACAAAGUGCCUUCUUUGCCUCGACCUCCUCCUCCUCCCCCUCCCCCUCCAAUGCAGCAUUCAGAACAUAAAACAAUCACUAAAGGUCCCCCUCCACCACCCCCACCACCAGCACCUAUUGUUCAUAGCUCUUCUCCUGCUCCUCCUCCCCCUCCUCCCGCUCCUCCAACACCACAAUCUAAUGGAUUCUCUGCUAUAAAAAGUUCACCUCCUACCCCUCCUGCCCCUCCUGCCCCUCCUGCACCACCAUUAGGUCAGACUAGGGCACCGUCAGCACCACCUCCUCCUCCUCCAAAGUUAGGAACCAAUUUAUCCCCAUCUUCUGGUCCUAAUGUUCCUCCAACGCCUGCUUUACCAACUGGGUCUCUUUCAUCGGGAAAAGGGCGAAUGUUACGUGUUAAUCUAAAGAAUAGUCCAACCAAAAAGUUGAAACCAUACCACUGGUUGAAACUGACAAGAGCUGUCAAUGGGAGCUUAUGGGCUGAAACACAAAUGUCUAGUGAAGCUUCUAAGGCUCCUGACAUUGACAUGACCGAGCUUGAAAGUCUUUUCUCUGCAUCUGCUCCAGAGCAGGCAGGAAAAUCGAGACUAGAUAACUCUCGUGGACCUAAACCUGAGAAAGUCCAACUGAUUGAUCACCGGCGAGCAUACAAUUGUGAAAUCAUGCUUUCAAAAGUUAAAGUACCUUUGCAGGAUUUGACGAACUCAGUGCUUAACUUGGAGGAGUCGGCUCUUGAUGCUGAUCAGGUUGAGAACCUAAUUAAGUUUUGCCCAACAAGAGAAGAAAUGGAAUUACUGAAGGGUUACACUGGUGACAAGGACAAGCUUGGAAAAUGUGAACUGUUCUUCUUAGAGAUGAUGAAAGUCCCACGAGUAGAAACAAAGCUCAGAGUAUUCUCAUUCAAGAUGCAGUUUUGCACUCAGAUUUCUGAGCUCAGGAAUAGUCUAGGUGUUGUGAACUCCGCAGCAGAGCAGGUAAAAAAUUCUGAAAAAUUCAAAAGAAUAAUGCAGACAAUUUUAUCUCUUGGGAACGCCCUAAACCAAGGAACGGCUAGGGGUGCUGCUGUUGGGUUUAAAUUGGACAGUCUUCCAAAACUCAGUGAAACUAGGGCGCGUAACAACCGUAUGACUUUAAUGCAUUAUCUAUGCAAGAUUCUUGCUGAGAAAAUUCCAGAAGUUUUAGAUUUCACAAAAGAGCUAUCCUCAUUGGAACCGGCAACAAAGAUUCAACUUAAGUUUUUGGCUGAAGAGAUGCAAGCUAUAAACAAAGGACUGGAGAAAGUUGUGCAGGAGUUGUCCUUGUCCGAAAAUGAUGGCCCAAUCUCACAUAAUUUUAACAAGAUAUUGAAGGAGUUCCUUCAUUAUGCAGAAGCAGAAGUAAGGUCCUUGGCUUCACUAUAUUCGGGAGUGGGAAGAAACGUGGAUGGCUUAAUUCUGUACUUUGGUGAAGACCCUGCUAAGUGCCCUUUUGAACAAGUGGUGUCGACUCUUCUAAACUUUGUAAGACUGUUCAAUCGUGCGCACGAAGAAAACGGAAAACAGCUCGAGGCAGAAGCAAAGAAAAAUGCUGCCGAAAAGGAGAAAUCAAAAACAGGUGGAUUGGAUAAAGAAAUCAAGAAGCCCUUGAAUGAAGAAGUCGAGAAGGAGGAUACAAAAACAAGUGGAUUAGAAAAAGAAAUGAGCGAACGACUGAAGGGAAGAAGCACUCCUUGAAUAACUGGCUGGUCCAUUUGUAGAUGGAAAUGGUCCAGGACUCGGCUGACCUUGAGAAGAAGCAUCUAUGAAGGUUAGGCCGUGCUUAAAACUGGCUUAGACCAUGGAACAACAGAGGAAGUGAGAUGUUAAGGACAACAUAAUUUUAGCUUCUUAACGGCAAAGCUAACUUGUAAAAUAGGGAGGGCUAUAAAAUAUUGUAAUUAGAAAACAAUAAACAUAGAUACAUCAUCAUACCACAUGUUUGGUCAAUCUCAAUAAGCAAUGUGAUUUUUUUCCCUC